GUGUGUGUGUGUUUGUGCGGAGCAUCUGUAGCCCCCUGCUGGACCUCUGCCUGAUUGCAGCUGAAGCUUUUAUUAUGGAGGAAGAAAAAACGCGUCUGAAACGAGUUGCUGUCACAUGGGGCCGGGGAGGAAAGACAAGAAUCGCUUCCUGAAAUGAUCUACGAUCGUCACCAGCAGUGUUUUCUUUUUUCUUUUCUGUUUCAAACGUAACCACCUCUGAAUCGUCUGCAUCGAUUUCCGCCUUCCUUCGUCUUCCUCCGCCUGGAUUUGCCGUGGGUUUAUUUGUUUGUUUGUGUCCGAGCCUCACCGCCGAUGAUGAUCAGCAAAGUUAAGAACGCGAUGUCCACUCUGGUGGGAGGGAUGAUGCCGCACGGACACCACCACAACCACAACCAUCAACACUCAGGCGGCGCCGGAGGACAGAGCUGCGGCCAGGACAACCUGCCGCCGCGGUUCCCCUACGGUCGGCCCGAUUUCUUGGACCUCACCCCGGAGCUGCUGCAGUACUCCACCGAGCACGCGUCACGGCCGGUUCUGACGUUAAAGAGAGGCUGCAGGCUGCCCUGGGGGACGGGAUAUGCAGAAGUCAUCAAUGCAGGGAAGAGCAUGCUGAACGAGGACCAGGCUUCGUGUGAGAAGCUGUUUGUGAAGAAGCCGAGUGGCAAACAAAAGAACUCCACCGUGGUGGAGGACAACGGGGACGGCACAGGAAUUCCUCUCCACUUCUGGGGUGUGUUUGAUGGACACGCCGGCUCUGGCGCUGCCAUCAUGGCCUCCAAACUCCUUCAUUACCUCAUCAGAGACCGGCUGGGGGAAAUCUGCCACCUGCUGGAGAAUCCCACUAGUGCACCACCCAUUUGCCUGGCCAAGAAUGGCAGCCCGUACCAAGCAGACACAAAGAAAGGAGCUGCACAGGAACCAGAGGAUCCCGAUGCUGUCAACGACUCCACGGUGCGAUUCCACAUGGAGAAAGUUGUCAGUCUGGAGAGUCUGUUGAUGGGAGUCAUAGAGACGGCCUUCAAACAGAUGGAUGAUCUGAUCGAGAAGGAGAAAACGUCCUACGCCAUCUCUGGUGGCUGCUGUGCCUUAGCUGCCAUUCAUCUAAUGGGGAAACUGUAUGUAGCCAAUGCUGGAGACAGCAGGGCUAUAAUCAUACGGAACAACACAGUUAUACCGAUGACUAAUGAAUUUACACCUGAGUCAGAGAGGCAGCGGCUGCAGUAUCUGGGUUUCCUGAGGCCAGAGCUGCUGGGUAAUGAGUUCACUCACAUUGAGUUUCCUCGGAGGAUCCAACACAGUGAGCUGGGAAAGAAGAUGCUGUACAGAGACCACACCAUGACCGGCUGGGCUUACAAAACCAUCAUUGAAGAUGAUCUGAAGUUCCCUCUGAUAUACGGAGAAGGGAAGAAGGCCCGUGUGAUGGCCACCAUUGGUGUGACCCGCGGACUGGGAGACCACGACCUCAAAGUGUACAACUCCAACAUUUACAUCAAGCCCUUCCUCUCCUGUGUUCCUGAGGUGAAGGUCUACAACCUGGACGAACACAAACACGGCCCUGAUGACGUCCUGGUCAUGGGCACAGAUGGAUUGUGGGACGUCACGACGGACAGUGAAGUGGCAGAUGCUGUGUCAACAUACUUAUCCUCCAGUGAUCCCUCUGAUCCCAUGAGAUACACACUGGCUGCCCAGGACCUGCUGAUGAGGUCCCGAGGAAUCCUGAAGGAGCGUGGCUGGAGGCUGCCUAAUGACAAGCUGGGCUCAGGUGAUGACAUCACUGUGUUUGUCGUCCCACUGGCAGGGCAUGAGUCAGAGACAUGAUGUGACACGCUGCAGAGGUUGCAAUUUAAAGAACUGACUCCUCAGAGUCUUUUUAACUCAAUCCUGGACUGAAUGAGCAGCAGGGGGCAGUAGCCCUCUGAUGUUUAUCUGUUUUGUCACGUGACUCAUUUCAUCGUAUUUUUCUCCCUGAAACCAACAAGAGACCAGAACCGAACUGAACCAGGUUUGAAGUGAAGACCCUGGUCCAAUUAGCGCCUUCGUCCUCUGUCAGAACCUGUUCCAGCUGCUUCACUUCACACACACUCUAACCAACCUGGGUGUCAUUGUUACAGGUGCCAGUCAGAGUCCAAACCUUUGUGUUUUUGUUUCCUGAUCCAUGUCGAGGUCAACUACUGACUGUGACAUUUAAAAAUAACUGUUGAUUUGCAGGUCAUGACCUACAGGUGACUUUUUAAAAAAAUAAUAAUAAUAUUUUGAAGGAAGAUUAAGGAAACCAAAGAGAUGCUGCUGCAGAAAGAGGUUAGAGAUGUAAAAAAAUAUAUAAAUAUAAAGUAAAAAAAAAAGAAUAAACAUAAAACUAAGGCCUGUUUCAUCACAACCUUUCAGACUGACAUUUAAGUGACAGUCAUUCGGUUUAUGCUGCACAGAUGAACAGAUGUUAUUGUUUGUCGCUCACCAAACUGUGAUCUGUCAAAACACACUCUGAACUGAAGCUGAGCUCAAGUCUGAGCGAAUCCUCUCAGUCUGUCUGUCAGCCUCGUCUAACACCCUCGUCAGGCCCGUGUGUGCAGCUAGGAGGCGCUAACAGUGAUCCAGUCCCGUUCCCUUCAAAUUUUAAAGCACAAGAAAAACAACAGUGUUUAAACGUUUGCAUGUUUAUUUUUCAGGUGGUGUGAGCAAUGAGCGAGAACCCGUGGUGCAGUGUAAUGUUUAAAGUAGGACUGUCACCAGUAACUGUGGAGGAUUUUAUUUUAUUUAUAUCAUCUUUGAAUUUGAAAUACAAAUCCAUCUGUGACUCAUUACAAGUCUAGCUUCUCUUUAGGGUCAGUAAACAGAGCUGCCCACUGCUGAAUGCAUCUGGGGGCAACUGUUUGUGCAGCCGUCCCAGUGGGAGUGCUGCACUUACAGACCAUAGAUUUAUAACAAAAACAACUUGUGGAAAGAAAACAUAUCUGUACAACAAAAAGCAUGAAGAACAUAAAAAAGAGAGGAGCAAACCAUUGCAGAAGUGAAUUUUUCCUCUUUGAUGAAUGAAAGAAUGAACGACACCAGAGGCUCGUGACGCCUGUUGCACAUGCUCCGUGUUGAUAAUGCGGACAUAUUUAAAUGAGUGUUACUAAUAGUGAAUGUGUUUGGAGAUGAUUUUAUUUUUGGUAUUGCACUGAAGAGAAGGAGAUGAGGACCAGAAGGAACAUUAAGAUGUUUUUAUGUUAGAUUUUCCUACAUGUCUUUUGUCUUCCUCCCUCCCUGUGUUUGUGGAGGAGGAUGUGGUGAACAUCACAGUCAUGCCUUAUUCAGAGCUGAGUGGGAUUAGAGUUUUUUUUUCUUUUCUUUCUUGCACUAAAUUUGACCCAUUUACCUCUUCUGUACCAUUGUUUAUGUUUUGUGUAGAUAAUUUUAUUUUAUAAUUUUUCACAGCAACUCAAUGUGAGUUGUUAUACAUUUAUUUUAAUGUUUCUGUCACAGUUGAUUUAAAAAAAAUGAUGAUUCCUAGAAUUUGAACUUAUGAGUGAUAAAGUGAAAGGACAACGUGUUCAGAAAUAAACGUGAUUUGUUUUUCUCA